UAUCAUCAUCAGUCACUCUCUUCUUCCCUCCUUCCCACCCCUUGUCAAUAAAAUCCUUCCCCUGCUGCACUCUUAUCGCUACACGCGGAAACAUUCUCUCUCUCUCUAAAAAUGCCGCUGAAUUUGGCGGCAGUUGUAUGUCUAGCUGUUUCGUUUCUCUCCAUCGUCGGAGCCGACGACCCGUACAGGUUCUUCAACUGGAACGUCACUUACGGCGACAUCUAUCCCUUAGGCGUCCGCCAACGGGGUAUCCUGAUCAAUGGGCAAUUCCCUGGGCCUGAUAUAUACUCGGUUACCAACGACAACAUCAUCAUCAACGUCUUCAACAGCUUGGAUGAGCCUUUCCUCCUCUCCUGGAAUGGGAUUCAGCAAAGGAGAAACUCUUACGAGGAUGGAGUUUAUGGAACGACAUGUCCCAUACCUCCAGGGCAGAACUUCACAUACAUACUCCAAAUGAAGGAUCAAAUCGGAAGCUAUUACUACUUUCCUUCUCUUGCAUUUCACAAGGCUGCUGGAGGUUUUGGUGGUAUCAGGAUCCUAAGUAGGCCUUUAAUCCCUGUCCCCUUCGAUAACCCUGCUGGUGAUUUUACUGUCCUAAUUGGCGAUUGGUACAAAUCUAAUCACACGGAUUUGAAGGCAAUUUUAGAUGGAGGCAACAAGCUACCUUUUCCUGAUGGAGUCCUUAUUAAUGGUCGGGGGCCUAAUGGCGUUUCUUUCACUGUGGAACAAGGAAAAACCUACAGGCUAAGAAUAUCAAAUGUCGGGUUGCAAAAUUCGCUCAACUUCCGUAUUCAGGGCCACACUAUGACAUUGGUGGAGGUGGAGGGAACACACACGGUUCAAACUAUCUACUCUUCAUUAGAUGUUCAUCCCGGUCAGUCCUACUCAGUCUUGGUCAAGGCCGAUCAGCCCGCUCAAGACUACUACAUUGUUGCUUCUACACGUUUUACAACUCAAGUCCUCACCACAACUGCCGUUCUUCACUAUAGCAACUCUGCUGGCUCAGUCUCUGGCCCACCCCCAGGUGGACCUACCACCCAAAUCGACUGGUCCCUAAACCAGGCUCGUUCUAUCAGGACUAAUCUUACAGCAAGUGGACCAAGGCCCAACCCUCAAGGCUCAUACCACUAUGGUCUCAUAAACACCACAAGGACAAUAAGGUUAGCCAAUUCUGCUGGCCAGGUCAAUGGCAAGCAAAGAUAUGCCGUGAAUAGUGUAUCCUUUGUGCCCGCCGACACACCCCUAAAGCUAGCUGACUACUUCAAGAUCGAUGGAGUUUAUCGCAUUGGAAGCAUAUCGGAUAACCCUACUGGUGGAGGGAUUUACCUUGACACAGCAGUUAUGAACACCGACUACAGGGCCUUCAUUGAAAUAGUAUUUGAAAACAAUGAGGACAUUGUGCAGAGCUGGCACAUUGAUGGUUACUCUUUCUUUGUAGUAGGGAUGGAUGGAGGGUCAUGGUCACCGGCUAGUAGGAAUGAGUACAAUCUCCGAGACGCAAUUGCACGAUGCACUGUUCAGGUAUACCCACAAUCAUGGACUGCCAUUUACAUACCGCUAGAUAAUGUUGGAAUGUGGAAUGUAAGAUCAGAGUUCUGGGCGCGACAGUACCUAGGGCAGCAGUUCUACCUUCGUGUUUAUACGACAUCAACUUCACUUAGGGACGAAUACCCUAUUCCGAAGAAUGCAUUGCUCUGUGGCAGGGCCAGUGGGAGGAGCAAACGGCCUCUAUGAGGACGUUAAAUUUCCAAGAUUAGCUCCGGAGAUCAAGCUUGUCCCUAAGAGGUGGAAUGAGACCAGAUUUUUCCUUUUGCGGAUUGUUUUGAUGUUAUUCUUAGGUGCUACAUUAGCACUGAUACCAUACGAGGAACAUGGAUCUGUAGAGACUUGAGUAUAUCAAUGACCUUAACUCUAGGUCAUCUAUAUUCUUUCGUUUUACCUCCAAUUGAAGGUUGUAUUCUUGUUAUAAUUUUGAAGUUUACCCACUAUCAAACGAAUUGGUUCUCCGAGUAAA